AUGCAUGAUUUUUUGUUUGAGGAGAGUGUUUGCCUCCUCCUUAGAGCCUCGUGGUUAAAGCCUUUAGUUGUGGAGGACCAGGGGGAGGUGGAUGAUGAGGUGGAGGACUUGUAUCUCUAUGAGGAUGAUGGGGAAGGUUUAGAUGAUGUUUACUUGGCCAGUUCAUCAAGUUUCCGCAUAGGUAACCGGAGAUGGGGUGAUAAUGGAUAUGUUAGGGCAGGGCGGCAACAAGCAAGGCCAGUUUCUCAUCCAAAUGUCCAGGGGUCUGGUGCUGGUCCAUCACGUGAACCUAAGAAGAAAGAGAUUGCAAAAGAUACCGUUGGACGAAGGGCAAAAAGGGCACUAAAGCGUGAAGCUGCCGAUAAGGCAGCUGCUGCCAAACAUCAGCAGCAUUUGGUGAGAUUGGGCCGGAUGUGA